CGCCGGAAGCCGGAAGUUGGGAUUUAACGUGCGAAAUUCAAAUCGCAUUGGCAGCUGCCGGCGACUUUUCUUUUCUGUGCCUCUUCUCAUUUGAGCCACUGGCGCACAUCGGGCGGGGCAACCUCCAUUUAUUUGGCUUUUGCUCACACUCGGGCGACUUUGGCGUCUUCUUGUGGCCUCCGACUGGCUCCUGGCGGACGCGAUGCCCGCGGAGAGGAAGCAAGAACCGAGGACGGAGCCCCGCGGGGCCGAAGAGCUUCACAAGGCCUACGAGGUUUAUGACACCAUCGGAUCAGGUGGGUUCGCCAAAGUGAAGCUGGGUCGGCACAUCCUGACCGGAGAGAAGGUCGCCAUUAAGAUCAUGAACAAGAAGGACCUCGGGGAUGAUCUUCCGCGUGUGAAAGUGGAGAUGGAGGCCAUGAAGAGCCUCAGUCAUCAGCACAUCUGCCGUCUCUACCAAGUCAUCGAGUCGGCCACGCAGAUCUUCAUGAUACUUGAGUACUGUCCAGGAGGGGAGUUGUUUGACUACAUCAUCGCCAAGGACCGACUCUCGGAAGAGGAAACCAGAGUGUUUUUCCGACAAAUUGUGUCCGCCGUGGCCUACGUCCACAGCCAGGGUUACGCGCACAGGGACCUCAAACCGGAGAACUUGUUGAUAGAUGGAGAGCACAACUUGAAGCUCAUCGAUUUCGGUUUAUGCGCCAAACCCAAGGGAGGCCUCGGUUACGAGUUGAUGACGUGCUGCGGAAGUCCCGCUUACGCCGCGCCUGAGCUCAUCCAGGGAAAGGCUUACAUCGGCUCGGAGGCCGACGUGUGGAGCAUGGGCGUGUUGCUCUUCGCCCUGCUCUGCGGCUUUUUGCCCUUCGACGACGACAACUGCGCCGUCCUCUACAGGAAAAUUACUAGAGGAAAGUAUGACAACCCUUCAUGGCUUUCCCCGGGAAGCGUCCUCCUGCUCAACCAAAUGAUGCAGGUGGAGCCCAAGUGGCGUCCAACAGUGCAGCAGCUGCUUGAGCACCCUUGGGUGAUGAAAGACUACAACAGCCCAGUGGAGUGGCACAGCAGGCAGCCGCUGGGUCACAUAGACGAGGACUGCAUCACUGAGAUGGCGGUCCACUUGAAGCGGUCCAGAGAGAGCACCACGGCGCUGGUUCAGGAGUGGCGCUACGACCGCAUCACAGCCACGUAUUUGCUCCUGCUGGCCAAGAAGCAGAAAGGCAAGCCCGUGCGGUUCCACACCGAGCCCGGCGCCGCCUUCUCUCCGCGACGUGGACGAAUGCAGACUGCGGGAGCCCUUCACUUUGCUGACGACGACGGGGAUGCCGUGAUUCUGGAUUCUUUGGAUCUCUGCUCGUGCUACGUGGACGAUUGUCCGUGGGUGUCGGUCUCGCGUGGUACGCCUCAAGCGUUUCCCCAGAAGACGGAACGAAAUCCAGAUGACGAGAAGCCGGCGACCCCGUUCGAGAAAAGAUGCGCGCGGAGCCCCCCGCCCGAAGGGGCUCAAGCGACGGCCCGCCGGCGCCGGGAGAGGAAGCGCGAAGAGCGCCAACCGGCUCUUGACGACAAGGAGAACGUCGGCCCGCGGGAGAAAGACGCGGAGAUCUUUGCGCUUCCUCCGCCUCGCACUCCUCCUUCCAGCAAGAAGAACCCGCGCCGCAAGAAUGUCUUGACCACGCCCAAUCAAAGCGUGGCCAACGGCACCGGAGGCACACCCGAAGGUGACGGCGUGGCAUUCAGGUCAGGUGUGUGCGUCGCGGCCGACGCCAGUGCUUCCAAGAGGAGAGCGGCGGAGAGCAAAGAGUCCGCAAACCUGGAGAUCCUGGCCUUCAGUCCCGAAAGAAGGUCUCGCUCUUUGGACAUGCCCGGUAGCGGGGACAGCGGAAAGAAGCGAAGGGCGGGUCGGGUCUUCGGGUCCCUGGAGAGGGGCCUGGACAAGGUCAUCACCAUGCUCACCCCCGGCAAGAGACGAGCGCCGCGAGACGCCCCGCGCAAGAUCAAGACCCAAUACAACGUGACCCUGACGGGGGAGACCAAUCCGGACCAGGUCCUCAACCAGAUCCUGUCCGUCCUGCCGGAGAAAAGUGUCCAAUUCAGCCAGAAAGGGUACACCGUGAAGUGCAAGACCUGGGAUGACUUCGGCAAGGUGACGUUGGCCUUUGAGCUGGAGGUUUGUCUGCUGCACCGGCCAGAAGUGGUCGGCGUGCGUCGGCGGCGCCUAAAAGGGGACGCUUGGGUCUACAAGCACUUGGUGGAGGACAUCCUCUCCACGUCCAGCAUCUAACAUCCAAGUCGCGGCGAGCCUCACAAGUGCAUUUAGAGGACAUUUCGGGGGCCACCGUGUACGCUGCCACUUCACAAGAGUAAAUUAUAAAAUGUUUACUGUACAGCUUUCUAUUUACAUUUACAAAUGAUUUGAACCUCUUAAGUCUACCUGAUUGAACUUCAUCGCUUUUUAAUUUGAAGGUUUUUUUUAAAUGUUUAUAUGUCAGUGUGUAUCAAUGUUUGUAAAGGGAGCAAAAUAAACACUUUCAGCUUGUUAAUGAAACUCAUUUAUUGGAUUCAAAAAUAGCACAAAGGAGCUAAAAAUAAAUUGUAGAGAUGAUUAAACAA